ACUCUACAGACUCUAAAGACUCUACAGACUAAAGACUCUACUGACUACAGACUCUACAGACUCUAAAGGUGUUUGGUAUGGACGGGUUCAGGUGGUUUGAGUGCAUUGAGUGAAGUGUUGGUUGUCAUGGUGACGACGAGGCUGGAGCAAUAUUAUAAUAUUUUACUGGGUCAUCAUAUAAGAAUUGAUUUGCCAGGAAGCUGUUUAUGACUAGUCUGUUUAUGACUAGUCUGUUUAUGACUAGUCUGGUUAUGACUAGUCUGGUUAUGACUAGUCUGUUUAUGACUAGUGUGUUUAUGACUAGUCUGUUUAUGACUAGUCUGUUUAUUACUAGUCUGUUUAUGACUAGUCUGGUUAUGACUAGUCUGGUUAUGACUAGUCUGUUUAUGACUAGUCUGGUUAUGACUAGUCUGUUUAUGACUAGUGUGUUUAUGACUAGUCUGUUUAUGACUAGUCUGGUUAUGACUAGUCUGUUUAUGACUAGUCUGUUUAUUACUAGUCUGUUUAUGACUAGUCUGUUUAUGACUAGUCUGUUUAUGACUAGUCUGUUUAUGACUAGUCUGGUUAUGACUAGUCUGGUUAUGACUAGUCUGGUUAUGACUAGUGUGUUUAUGACUAGUGUGUUUAUGACUAGUCUGUUUAUUACUAGUCUGUUUAUGACUAGUCUGGUUAUGACUAGUCUGGUUAUGACUAGUCUGUUUAUGACUAGUCCCCCCCCUCCCCCGGUGGUGUAAGGUGGCCCUCUGUCUGAGGUCGUGGUAACCAUAGCAGGCCUUGGAAAGUGAAAUGUGAUGCGGCGGCCCUCUGGGCUGUGUUUCUGAAUCACAACUCCAUAAUGAGCUGGCAGAGCUCGGCCUGCAUCAAAGAUGCAGCACCCCCCCGGUGUCUGUUUCACCUCACCUGCACAAGAGAGCACUGUCACCUGUACAGGAGAGUCCUCUGACCCAGUGACCCCCCAGGCCAGGUCCCUCCUGACCCAGUGACCCCCCAGGCCGGGUUCCUCCUGACCCAGUGACCCCCCAGUGACCCCCCAGGCCAGGUUCCUCCUAACCCAGUGACCCCCAGGCCAGGUUCCUCCUGACCCAGUGACCCCCCAGUGACUCCCCAGGCCGGGUUCCUCCUGACCCAGUGACCCCCCAGGCCGGGUUCCUCCUGACCCAGUGACCCCCCAGGCCGGGUUCCUCCUGACCCAGUGACCCCCCAGUUACCCCCCAGGCCAGGUUCCUCCUGACCCAGUGACCCCCCAGUAACCCCCCAGGCCGGGUUCCUCCUAACCCAGUGACCCCCCAGGCCGGGUUCCUCCUGACUCAGGGACAUCAUGGGCCCCCUCCUCUUCCUCGUCCUCUCCUUCGUCCUCCUGGCCCCCCCCUGCUCCUCCUUCGCUCCUCAGGUGGUCCAGCGAGCGUCCUCCCCCCCCGAGCAGCCUCAGUCCUCCGCUAACAGCUCGGGCUCCGGGAAGAGGACGUGUCCCGGCAUCGUGACGUGUAAACCGGGUAUCUUACUGCCGGUGUGGCUGCCCAGAGACCCUCCGGUGGGGGAGCAGGCGGGGAGGGCUGUGGUCUACUUCAUGUGUCUCAUGUACAUCUUCGUGGGGGUGUCCGUCAUCGCUGAUCGCUUCAUGGCGUCCAUAGAGGUCAUCACCUCUCAGGAGAAAGAGGUGACCAUCACCAAACCCAACGGGGAGAGGACGGUAACCACGGUGAGGGUCUGGAACGAGACCGUGUCCAACCUCACGCUCAUGGCCCUGGGCUCCUCGGCGCCGGAGAUCCUGCUCUCUGUUAUCGAGGUGUGUGGACACGACUUUCAUGCGGGGGAGCUCGGUCCGAGCACCAUCGUUGGCAGCGCCGCCUUCAACAUGUUUGUGAUCAUCGGUCUGUGCGUUUGGGUCAUCCCCAACGGAGAGUCACGCAAGAUCAAACACCUGCGAGUGUUCUUCAUCACGUCCUUCUGGAGUAUCUUCGCCUACAUCUGGCUCUACCUCAUCCUGUCUGUCAUCUCCCCCGGCGUCGUAGAGGUGUGGGAGGCCGUAGUGACGCUGCUUUAUUUCCCUGUGUGUGUGCUCUUGGCGUGGAUCGCCGACCGUCGCCUCCUCUUUUACAAAUACAUGCACAAGCGUUACCGCGCCGACAAGAGGCACGGCAUCGUGGUGGAGAUGGAAGGCGACCUGGCGCCCAAAGGAAUCGACAUCAUCAUGGACGGGAAGCUGGCAGACGGCGGUGCGUGUCCUGGAAACUCGUCCAGUGUGACCGUCUCCGUGCAGACCGGCAACGAACUGGACCAGAACAAAGACGAGGUGGUCCGUAUCCUGAAGGACCUGAAGGAGAAACACCCUGACAAGGAUCUGGACCAGCUGAUUGAGAUGGCCAACUACUCGGCCUUGGUCCACCAGAAGAAGAGCCGCGCCUUCUACCGCGUCCAGGCCACGCGGCUGAUGAUCGGCGCCGGCAACAUACUGAGGAAACACGCCGCUGAGCACUCUCGCCGCUCAGGAGCCUCGGAAGGCGACAAGGCCACGUGCUCGCACAUCUGCUUUGAAAGUGCUCAGUACCAGUGCACGGAGAACUGUGGCUCUCUGAGAGUCGGGGUGAUCCUGGAGGGGGGCACGGGCCAGAACUCUUUCUGUGUGGACUACUGUACAGAGAACGGCUCGGCCAACGCCGGAGCGGACUACGAGUUCAGUGAAGGAACGCUGGUGUUUAAGCCCGGAGAGAGCCGCAAAGAGAUCAGGGUGGGCAUCUUGGACGAUGACAUCUUUGAGGAGGAUGAGCACUUCUUUGUGCGUCUCCAGAACCUGAGGUUAGAGGAAGGUGGAGGUGAAGGGACAGGAAGUCCACCGAAGGGCAGACUGGUGGAGCCGCUGGUCGCCACCAUCACCAUCUUGGACGACGACCACGCCGGCAUCUUCACCUUCGGCCAGCGCGUGCUGCGCAUCAGCGAGAGCACCGGCACGCUGGCGGUGACGGUGGUGAGGAACUCGGGCUCUAGGGGCACCGUCGCCGUGCCGUACCACACGGAAGAUGGCAGCGCCAAGGCCGGCGUGGACUACGAGGAGGCCAGAGGAGAGCUGGAGUUCACCAACGAGAAGACCAGUCAGAUCUUACAGGUGCUCAUUAUAAACGUGGCGGAGUACGAGAAGCAGGAGAACUUCUUCAUCGUGCUGGAGGACCCGAAAUGGCUGAAGAGAGGCCUCUCUGGGAACCCGAGCCCGGAGGAGGAGGAGGCCCGGAGGAUCUCUGAGAUGGGGAAACCCAUCCUGGGGGAGCACAGCAGGCUGGAGGUCGUCAUCGAGGAGUCCUGUGAGUUCAAGAACACGGUGGACAAACUGCUGAAGGACACCAACCUGGCCGUAGUCAUCGGCACGCACUCGUGGAGAGAGCAGUUCAUUGAAGCCGUCACCGUCAGCGCAGGGGACGGAGACGAGGAGGAGGGACAGGAGCAGCGGAUGCCGAACUGCUGCGACUACUUCAUGCACAUCUUCUGUAUUUUCUGGAAGAUCCUGUUUGCUUGCGUCCCGCCGACGGAGUACUGGAACGGCUGGGCGUGCUUCAUCGUGUCCAUCUCCGUCAUCGGCUUCUUAACGGCCAUCAUCGGAGACCUGGCGUCCCAUUUCGGCUGCACCGUGGGCCUGAGAGACACCGUCACCGCCGUGGUCUUUGUAGCCCUGGGGACGUCCCUUCCUGACACCUUCGCCAGUAAAGUGGCCGCCACGCAGGACCAGUAUGCCGACGCGUGUGUGGGAAACGUGACAGGAAGCAACGCGGUGAACGUGUUUCUAGGCAUCGGGGUGGCGUGGUCCGUGGCCGCCAUCUACUGGCAGGUCAAAGGGAAGGUGUUCCGCGUGGACCCCGGCUCGCUGGCCUUCUCCGUCACUCUCUUCACCAUCUUCGCCUUCUUCGCGAUGGGACUGUUGAUGCUCCGCCGGAGGCCGUCCAUAGGCGGCGAGCUGGGCGGCCCGCGGAUCACCAGAGUCUUCACCUCACUCCUCCUCUUUGGACUCUGGUUCCUCUACAUCCUCUUUUCCAGCCUGGAGGCCUACUGCCAUAUACAGGGCUUCUAGAGAGAGGAACCGCUGCACGGUAACCACGGUAACCACCACACAUCACCGGGACAUCCACCUGUACAGCUCCGCUCCAGCAACCCCCACCGAGAGGACCUAUCACGCUGCCAUGGAUCACACUAGGGAUGUUCAUCAUUAACCGUUUAACCGUUAACCCACAUUAAGCAUUUUAACCGAUCAACGCUAUCGGUUAAAACGGUUAAAAGAAAUGUUAAUAAUGAAUUAUAAAGCUGAGCGGCUCAGAGGAGCGGCUCGU